GAUUUCUUAAUGAAUUGGAUGAUCUUCCUUUCUUCUCUUCUCUGCAGCACCUCUUGUGUGUGUGGAUAGAGAACACUGAAUCUCUUUGAUCUCUACCAUUUCUUAAAGUUACCAAAUCUUGCACAGUUUUGAUUGAUGAUCUCACACACACACACACACACAAAAAGCAGGAAGCGUUUAUUGCUUGAUUUUGAUGAGAUAGUUUAGGUUGGGUGCAGAGGAGGAAAUCGAUCAACAUUGAAGAAGCAGAAGAUCGGUGGGAAAAGCAGAAAUGUCGUCUUCAAUGGUGAAAGGGAUGCUGACAAGGCCCACACCAGAUGCUUGUAACAAGUACCAAAGGGUGUUGAAUGGGAAUAAGUAUUAUGGGCAGCAAGAAACGCAGAGUUGCAGGGAUUCGUUGGGUGAGCAGUGUGGCAGACUUGGAGGUGGAGGUAUCAAACUUCAUAGAACCAACCUAUCAAAGAGGAUCAUGACUUGCAAAACCAGGAGACACGCAGCUCUCAUACGGAAUCAAGCUAUCCUGACUCCUCCCACAACACCUACCACCAGAAAGCGCGUGUUUACAUUUGGAAAAGGAAAAAGUGAAGGCAACAAGGGCAUGAAGUCCUUGUUGGGAGGAAAGGGAGCGAACCUGGCUGAAAUGGCAACCAUUGGAUUAUCAGUGCCUCCUGGACUCACAAUAUCAACAGAAGCAUGUCAAGAGUAUCAACAGAAUGGAAAGAAGCUACCAGAUGACCUUUGGGAGGAGAUACUGGAAGGCCUGCACAUUGUCGAAAAAGACAUCGGAGCCUUUCUUGGGAAUCCUUCAAAUCCUCUCCUCCUGUCUGUUCGUUCUGGUGCUGCGAUUUCAAUGCCUGGCAUGAUGGACACGAUUCUCAACCUUGGACUUAACGAUGAAGUGGUUGCUGGCCUGGCUGCAAAAUGUGGCGAGCGCUUUGCUUACGAUUCGUACAGGCGUUUCUUGGACAUGUUUGGAGAUGUUGUAAUGGGCAUUCCACACUCACUGUUCGAGGAGAAGUUAGAAAAGCUUAAAGCAUCAAAAGGUGUUGAACUUGACACCGAUUUAACUGCCGCUGACCUCAAAGAGCUUGUAAAGCAGUAUAAGAACGUCUACCUUGAAGCUGGUGGAGAAACCUUUCCCUCAGAUCCAAAGAAGCAGCUGGAGUUGUCUGUGAAAGCUGUUUUUAAUUCAUGGGACAGCCCAAGAGCUAUUAAGUAUCGGGACAUUAAUCAGAUAACUGGGUUAAAGGGAACCGCUGUAAACAUUCAAACCAUGGUCUUCGGUAAUAUGGGAAAUACUUCAGGAACUGGUGUCUUGUUCACUAGAAAUCCAAGUACUGGGGAGAAGAAACUUUAUGGGGAGUUCUUGAUCAAUGCUCAGGGAGAGGAUGUGGUUGCUGGAAUCAGGACCCCUGAAGAUUUGGAGACUAUGAAAGGUUGCAUGCCAGAAGCUUACAAGGAACUUGAGGAGAACUGUGAAAUUCUAGAGAAACAUUAUAAGGAUAUGAUGGACAUUGAGUUCACUGUCCAAGAAAAUAGGUUGUGGAUGUUGCAAUGUAGGAGUGGAAAGCGUACUGGCAAAGGUGCCGUCAAGAUAGCUGUAGACAUGGUUAAUGAGGGGCUUGUUGAUAUUCGUUCUGCAAUCAAGAUGGUUGAGCCCCAGCAUCUUGAUCAACUUCUCCAUCCACAGUUUGAGGAUCCAUCAGCUUACAAGGACAAUGUAAUUGCGACGGGUUUGCCUGCAUCCCCUGGAGCAGCAGUAGGGCAGAUUGUGUUCACUGCUGAGGAUGCUGAGGCAUGGCAUGCACAAGGAAAAGCUGCCAUCUUGGUACGGACAGAGACAAGUCCCGAAGAUGUUGGAGGUAUGCAUGCAGCUACCGGGAUCUUAACAGCCAGGGGCGGGAUGACAUCUCAUGCUGCUGUUGUGGCCCGUGGAUGGGGGAAGUGUUGUGUAUCUGGGUGCUCCGACAUCUUAGUAAAUGACCAUGAGAAGGUGCUUGUAGUCGGGGAUAAGGUGAUUAAUGAAGGAGAAUGGAUCUCACUGAAUGGAUCCACUGGUGAGGUGAUUCUGGGAAAACAGCCACUUUCUCCUCCAGCUAUGAGUGAUGAUUUGGAAACCUUCAUGUCUUGGGCCGAUGAAAAAAGGCAUCUAAAGGUUAUGGCAAAUGCUGACACGCCUGAAGAUGCAAUAGCAGCCCGAAACAACGGUGCCCAAGGAAUCGGGCUUUGUAGGACAGAGCACAUGUUUUUUGCUUCAGAUGAGAGGAUAAAAGCUGUAAGAAAGAUGAUAAUGGCAAUCACACCUGAACAAAGGAAAGUCGCACUUGACAUGUUACUACCUUAUCAGAGAUCUGACUUUGAGGGAAUAUUCCGUGCAAUGGAUGGUUUUCCUGUAACAAUCCGAUUGCUAGAUCCUCCACUUCAUGAAUUUCUUCCAGAAGGUGAUCUGGAACAUAUUGUCAGUGAACUGACUUCCGAGACAGGCAUGAAGGAAGAAGAAAUCUUCUCCAGGAUCGAAAAACUAUCAGAAGUCAAUCCUAUGCUCGGUUUUCGUGGUUGCAGGCUCGGGAUUUCAUACCCAGAACUGACGGAAAUGCAAGCACGUGCAAUUUUUCAGGCUGCUGUUUCCAUGAGUAACCAUGGCAUUACAGUUCUUCCAGAGAUAAUGGUUCCACUUAUCGGUACACCUCAGGAAUUAAGGCAUCAAGUGAGAUUGAUCAGAAGUGUUGCUGAGAAAGUCUUCUCUGAGAUGGGUUCCUCCCUAAGCUAUAAGGUCGGAACCAUGAUCGAAGUUCCAAGAGCUGCUCUAGUUGCAGAUGAGAUUGCGAAGGAAGCAGAAUUCUUUUCAUUCGGAACCAAUGACCUUACACAAAUGACGUUUGGAUACAGCAGAGAUGACGUCGGCAAAUUUCUUCCCAUAUACCUAUCCAAUGGCAUUCUAAAGAGCGAUCCGUUUGAGGUUCUCGACCAGAGAGGUGUUGGUGAACUCAUCAGGAUUUGCACUGAAAAGGGUCGUGCUGCUCGACCUAACUUAAAGGUUGGAAUAUGUGGAGAGCAUGGCGGGGAGCCUUCUUCUGUUGCAUUUUUCGCUCACAUUGGACUUGACUACGUUUCUUGUUCGCCAUUCAGGGUUCCUAUCGCUAGGCUCGCAGCAGCUCAAGUUGCAGUUUGAAACACGAUGAGUUGCUUCGAGAAGGUUUAAUUUAACUACCUUGCAUGGCUAUGUACAGUGGUAAAUAAAUGUGGUUCUUAAGCUCCUGUACAUAAGAUACGGAGGCUUGUUUGAGGCCAGACCAAGGAAGGCUACUAACAUACGUAUUAUAAUACAACACACAGAUUAAUACAGAAUCUUGAUGAAUAAAACAAGGGAAAAAUUUACCUAUAUUAAUAUUACAUAGUCGUAUAAAAUGUAUCAUGUAAUAAUACCUAUAUCUUGUAAAAUUCAUUGUUAAUUGUGCAUGCAUGUAAUAAUUUAUAUUUUAUAUCACUCCAAAGAUAGCUCUGUAGAGAAUUUCUUGUACAUGUUAUUAUCCUUUUCCAUAAAAA